GGCGCGGGGCGCGGGGCGCGGGCGCGGGGCUCGGCGCGGGGCGCGGGCGGCGAGCGCCCUCCCGGGAUGCCCGCGCGCCGCGGGCCUGGCCAUGUCGUCGUCCUUCUUCAACCCCAGCUUCGCCUUCAGCUCGCACUUCGACCCCGACGGCGCCCCCCUUGGCGAGCUCUCCUGGUCAUCGUCCCUGGCCGUGGUGACCGUCUCCUUCUCGGGGCUCCUCAUGGUCGUCGCCCUCAUGCUGGCCUGUCUGUGCUGUAAGAAGGGGGGCAUCGGGUUCAAGGAGCUGCAGAAUGCCGAGGGCGAGGAGGAGUACCCCCCGGACGCCUCGGGGCUCGGCUCCCCCGUGCCCGCGCCCGCUCCUGCUGGGCCUGACGUCUACGUGCUGCCCCUCAGCCAGGUGACCCUGCCCGGGGCCGAGCAGCAGGGCCGCGCAGGACAGCUGCUCACCGCCUCGGACCUGGGCCGGCAGGACCUCCUGCAGCUGAAGGACAUGGGGCACGGCUGGUUUGGGAGGGUCUACCUGGGCAGCGCGCGGGGCUCGCAGGUGGUGGUGAAGGAGCUCCGCGGCGGCUCCAGCGUGCAGGAGCAGCUGCGCUUCUUGGAGGAGGCGCAGCCCUACAGGGCUCUCCAGCACGAAAACCUGCUCCGGUGUCUGGGCCAGUGCACCGAGGCCACGCCUUACCUGCUGCUCCUGGAGUUCUGCCCCGUGGGGGACCUCAAGGGCUACCUGCGCAACUGCCGCGUGACCGACUCCCUGGCGCCGGACCCCCUGACCCUGCAGCGCAUGGCCUGCGAGGUGGCCUGCGGCGUCCUGCACCUGCACCGCCAUAACUACGUGCACAGCGACCUGGCCCUGCGGAACUGCCUGCUCACGGCCCACCUGACGGUGAAGGUCGGGGACUACGGCCUGGCACACGGCAAAUACCGAGAGGACUACCUGGUCACUGCUGACCAGCUGUGGGUGCCGCUGCGCUGGAUCGCACCCGAGCUGGUGGACGAGGUGCACAGUAAUCUGCUAGUGGUCAGCCAGACCAAGGCCAGCAACAUGUGGUCCCUGGGGGUGACCCUCUGGGAGCUCUUUGAGCUGGGCGCCCAGCCGUACCCUCACCACUCGGACGGGCAGGUGCUGGCCUACGCCGUCCGCGAGCAGCAGCUCAAGCUGCCCCGGCCGCAGCUGCCGCUGAGCCUGUCGGAGCGCUGGUACGAGGUGAUGCAGUGCUGCUGGCUGCAGCCCGAGCAGCGGCCGUCGGCCGAGGAGGUCCACCUGCUGCUGACCUACCUGUGCACCAAGGGCACGUCCGACGCGGCCGAGGAGGACUUCGAGCGGCGCUGGCGCUCGCUGAGGCCCGGCGGGGGCGGCGCGGCGCUGGCCCACCCGUCGUCCUUCCCGCUGCUGGAGCGGUUCUCGGGGGGCGGCGACGACGUGCUGACCGUGACCGAGACCAGCCGCGGCCUGGACUUCGACUACCAGUGGGAGGCGGGCUCCGAGGCCCGGGCCGAGGCGUCCGGCGCGGCCCCGGGGGUGGUGCCCGUGCUCAGCGCGCACAGCCCCUCGCUGGGCAGCGAGUACUUCAUCCGGCUGGAGGAGCCCGCGCCCGCCUGCCGCGACCCCAGCCCGCCGGCCUCCCCCGGCUCGGACCCGGAAGGCGGCGCCCUAGAGCCAAGGUCCGACCACCCGCCGCCCACCGCCGGCCCCGGGAAUGACCGCGACCAGAGCCCGCCCCUCCCUCUGCAACCGCCCUCUCCCGGGCCCCCCACGCCGGCUGAGAGGGGCCCCCUGGACCCUGAGCCCGGCCAGGCCGCCCGCUGCCCCGCCCCUUCCGAGGACUCCCUGGCCACGCCUCCCUCAGCCGUGCCCCUGGACUGCUGCCCGCUGGGGGAGUCCAACGCGUCCGCCAACAACAACAGUGGCCACAGGCCCCCGCGGCCCCGCGCCGCCGCCCAUGGGGACGGCUGCAGGGACAGCUGCCCCAGCGCAGAGCACGGCCCGCAAGCCGUCCAUGAGCUGGGCCACCCCCUGGCCCCCGAGGGCCCCCGAGAGCCUCUCAUGGGGCUCCAGGCCACCCCCUCUGGCCAGGAGCCAGGCCGCCGGCUUAGCUGCCCCCGGCUGUGCCCUGCUGUGGGCCUGGCUCCUGCCACUUGCCACGUCGCAUCCUCCUGGACAGAGGCGGCCAGAAGUGGGGGCGACAGUCCCCAGGCAGAGCCCAGGCUGGCGGAGGAGGCCACGGGAGCCCAGCUCCCCCUCCCCUCCAUCCCGUCCCCUGGGGACGCCCCUCUCCCCGCCGAGGCCGCCAGUGCCCCCAGCGGCCUGCCAGCUUCGCCCACGCCGGCCAGUGGCUGCCAGACAGCUGCCACGGAGCCCUGGACUCUGGACCCUGGCAGCUGCCCCUCCGAGCUGGACGUGCCAGGCAGUGAGGACGAGGACACGGAAGAGACUCCUCCUGCCGCCGGCACCGACUCGCCCAGGGGCAGCCCAGCAGCCGAGGGGCCGGGCACGGUGCCCACCUGCCACUGCUCCCCGCCCAGUCAGGUGGAGACCCCUGGCUCCCUGCACAUCCCGACCUUGGCCAGCGAGGCCGGGUGCGAGAGCUUCCGUCCCGUGGCUGCCGCCGGCUGCGCUGCGGGGCAGCCCCGGUUGCGGGACAGUGGCUAUGACACGGAGAACUACGAGUCCCCUGAGCUUGGGGCGUCCCGGGAGCUGUCCUCGGAGGGUGGCAGCCCCGGGCCGGAAUCUCAGCCGGAAUCCCAGCUGUCCACCCCUCUGGGCAGCCUGGGCGACAAGAGCCCGUACCGGGAUUCCGCCUACUUCUCGGACCUGGAGUCCGAGGGGGAGCCGCCCACAGGCCCCGCGGAGAAGCCGCUGCAAGGGGUCCUGGCCGUCCCCGAGCUGGGGUCCGGGGAGGGGUCCCCGCUGUCCCCGGACGCCUCCCCGGAGCCCGGCCCCGCACUGCAGCCUCCCCGGCCGAGCGCGGGGCCCCCCGUGCCCAGCCCCGCGCGGCCCAAGGUCUUCGUGCUGACGCCGGUGCCGGCCGGCGCGGAGGCCCCGCGGGAGCGGCCGCAGGAGGACGACGACAGCGACGACAGCGACUCGGACGAGGAGCCGCGCGGCGACGCGCGGGAGGCGAGCGAGGACAGCGAGGAGGACGCGGCCGCGCCCGUGGUGGUGGUGGCCGCCAGCCCGGGCUGCCGCCUGCGCAGCCUGCUGCGGAUGCCCGCGCGCGGCCGCCAGAAGAAGGCCGUGUCCUUCUUCGACGACGUCACCGUCUACCUCUUCGACCAGGAGAGCCCCACCCGGGAGGCCGGGGAGCCCGGCGCCAAGGACUCGCCCCCCGCCUCCCCCGGCCGGCCCCGCCCGGCCCAGCGCGCCCCGGAGGGCUCCGCCGCCAGAGAGGGCGGGGCCUUCGCGUGGGGAGACUUCCCGCCUCUGAGCCCCGGGCCGCCCACGCCCGCCGCCCCUGCCGGGACCCCCAAGCCGGCGUCGCCAGGACCCUCGUCCCGCUUCACCGUGUCGCCCACCACGCCCGUGUCCCGCUUCUCCAUCACGCACGUCUCCGACCCCGACGCCGGGUCUGCGCGAGACCCCGUGGCGGAUGUGGGGGGCUGCUGUGAUGAGGCGUGAGCCCGCAGCACCCCAGGCCCUGCUCCAGCUGCGGAAGGACAGUCAAGUGUUCCGGCCGCCUCUCUGGCCCUGCUGCCCCCAGGUGCAGGCCGGACUGCCCCUGGCUUGGCUGGACGUGUCCUGGGGGCGGGCCCACUGGACGGCCUCUGUGCCCUCUGCCUCGGUGUGCCCGGUGAGGACGCCAGGCUCACGUGCUCCCCCUUACCUCAAAGUCUGUGCCGCCUGCCCUCACUGACCCACAGUGGCCCGUCCACACCGGCCGGGCCAGCUCCCACCUGGACCCCAGCUGGAGCCCGGCGAGCAGCCUCCCCGCUGUUCACCAGCCGCCCGGGGGCCGGCAGUUCCUCUGCACAGAGCACUGCCCUGUCCAGCUGCCAGCGGGAGUGGGGCCACACCCCGUGCUUGGGGGUGUCGGGGCUCCUGCUCAGAGGUGGGGCUGGGCGCUGGGCGGGCACCGGGAUGCUUUUGUGACUGCUGAGAGAAUGGAAGCGCCAGGCCCUGCCACUGUCGCCAAAGAGAUGUGAGCUCCCUGCGCCGGGCACGCGGCUUCGGAUGCUGGUGCAAUGUUUUUCUGGUUCCUUUUUUGUUUUUUAAAGAGAAAUCAAGCUGAAAAGA